UUGCAAUCUUUGAAGUAUAUACAGAGAGGAUGAAAGAAGGUGCUGGAAUAUGCUGCCCAGUUUUCAACUUAGGGGAUAGAGAAGAAGAGAAUGAUGAUAGUUUUGAAGCUAUAUUUGAAGCCAUGAACAAAAACAUUGUUCUUCUUCCAGGAGACUUUGUAAUGGCUAUUCUGUUAGCAUUACCAGUGAAGUCACUUUUGCGUUUUAAAAGUGUGUGUUGGUCCUGGCAUGACUUAAUCCUCUCCCGCAGAUUCAUCAACAUUCAUCACGAUGGAGCCAAGCGCAGCAGCAGCAGCUUGAUAUGUUUCUACAACAACAAGAAUAUCAGUAGGAGAACAACAUAUAACAGUGUCUCAGUGUCUCAUGAAGAUGGAACCGUUACCCCUUUAUCUUUACCUCCUCCUACUCUUUAUGAAAGGCAUAAAAUUUACGUUGCAGACUCUUGUAGAGGCAUGGUAUGCUUUUCGUCUGGAUUGUGCCCUCAAUCAGUGGUGGUGUGGAACAUUGCUACAAGGAACUUCAGGACUUUCCAUGGCAUAGUUACUAAUAGAGAACCACAUCCCAGAAAUCAUAUUACAAUGCGGUCUAAUCGUUUGGUGAGUGAUCUAGCUACAGGUUUCACCUUCCUUCCCAUCACCAACGAGUACAAGUUGGUUAGGGUCAUUCUCUACUUUAACAAUAGCGUGUAUAUUAGAAUCACAAGGUGGAAUGAUAGUAUGAUAUUCCUCCCAGCAAAGGAAAUGGACAUUGAUUUUCCGUAUAACAUCACCCAAUUUGGUCGUUGUCUGAAUGCAAAUGAUGCUAUUCAUUGGUUAGGCCAUAAAAUCGAAGGAGGAGGAGGAGGACCACCGAGUAUUGUAAUUGCCUUUGAUAUGAUUGAGGACAAAUUUCGAGAGAUAUCUACACCAUUUAAUAUUGAGGCCGCCGAAUCUUGUAAAUCGUACCACCGGAAGCUUUCACUACUGAAUGGAAAUAGACUAGCUAUUUUUGGUUCAUCAUAUAGUGACACUCCAGGUUAUUAUUUCUCAUACACACUUUGGGCUCUAAAUGACUAUGGAGGUGCUUCAGAAUCUUGGGCUAAGCAAUACACAUUUGAAACACGCCAUGACCUGCAGCCCAUGGGUUUUUGUUUUAAUGGUGAAGUGGUCGUCAUUAGAAUGGACGGAUCACCAUUAAAAAUGGGUCUCUACGAUUGCCACACCGAUCAAAUUAAAGAUCUUCCCGUCGUUAUUAACAAUGAGCUGUACUACUCGUCAAUCUUCGAUUACAAGGAGAGUCUUGUUCCACUUCCCCGCACCAUCAACAACGUUUGUUCUUUUAAAUAUUGCCCUUUUCAAACAUCAAUCAAGAGAUCGAUUAUUGAUCCUGAUGAUGAUGAUGAUGAUGAAUUAUAGCUUGUUUAGCAUGCGUUAAAUUUUUUAAUUCAAACAACUCUAAAGAUAC